CUAGAUCUGAACAUUAGCAACAUACAGGAAGAUGGCUAUCAUUUGGCUCUUUUGCCUAUUUCUGGGUGUGGCCGUUGCCCAGUGGGACGCCUACACCAUGCACGAUAGGCAGGUCAUCGUGCACCUGUUCAAUUGGAAAUGGACAGAUAUCGCCAAGGAGUGCGAAAUCUGGUUAGGACCUCAUGGAUUUGCGGGAGUUCAGGUGUCCUCUCCUAACGAACACAUCAUCUUGAACCCGGUGCGCCCGUGGUACGAGCGGUACCAACCCAUCAGGUAUGGACUCACCUCACGGAGCGGUAACGAAGCCGAGUUUAAGGAUAUGGUGAGCCGGUGCUACAAGGUUGGCGUUCGCAUCUACGUGGAUGCCGUUAUUAACCACAUGGCGGCCAGCAAUCCCGAUGGAAACGGUGAUUAUGAUUUCAGGAGAGUGCCCUACUCGAGCUUGGAUUUCAACUGGCCGCAAGGUAGAUGCCCGACUGUGGGAGAAAUCAACUACCAAGACAAAGACUCUAUUCGCAACUGCGACGUUAAAGGCCUGAAGGACCUCUACCAGAAGAAAGACUACGUCCGGAACAAGAUUGCCGAGUACCUGAACAAUUUGAUCGACAUGGGCGUGGCCGGCUUCCGGGUGGAUGCUGCCAAACACAUGUGGCCGGGCGACCUCAAGGCAAUCUACAGCAAGCUGAAGAAUCUCAACACAAACUUCGGGUUUCUGAGCAACGCCCGGCCCUUCUUUGUCCAGGAGGUAAUCGACCGUUCAUCAUCAGAAGCUGUCUCGGCUUGGGACUACCUGGACAUCGGCAGGGUGACCGAAUUCCACUAUGGACAGAAACUUGCAGAAGGCUUUUGGCGGAAAAACCCGCUGAGCCAUUUCAAGAAUUUCGGGGAAUCGUGGGGCUUCCUUCCCGACUACAACUCCUUGCCGUCUGACCUUGUCUGA